UGUCGCUGCCCGGGACGGUUUGUCAUUCCUGUAGCUACCUCCGGUCGAUCAGGGUCCGCUCUCGCUCGACCAGGGUCCGUCCUUGCUCGACCAAGACCCGUCCACGACUCGACAUGGAGGGAAGCCGGUUCGACCUCCUCCUCCUCCUCCCCAUCCUCCUGGUAGCGGCCGCGACUACAGGCCUAAAACAUCCUGAGGUACCAUUGGUGCCUUUGCUUAGCUCGCGUCCUGUACCACUGGCUCAUGGUGGUACCAAGUACCACCUCCAGGUACCCGUCCAUAGACCUGCAGCACUCCGGGACCAAAAAAGUACCAUAGUGGUACUUCCGCAUUCCUCCAGGUUAGUGAUUGCCACCAGACGGAGCACCUCAAAUACUCAGAUGCCCUUGAAGAUCUACAGACGAACGCCCCGCUCCUGAAGGCGCCACAGUCGACGCGGGAGAUCCAGAUGGCCGCUGCCCGAAGACUCAUCAAUGGCAGACACUUGACUCUCGCCACCAUCAAUCGUCCGCCCUUCAGCUCAAUCAAGUCGUCUGGGAAGAAGAUCGUAAGUGCCGAAGGCUUCUGCUUUGAGAUCCUUAAAGAGGUCGCAAGGAGACUCAACUUCACAUACACCAUGGUGGAGUCCCCCGACGGUUCCUGGGGGUCCCGUAUGCCAAAUGGCACCUUUGACGGCGUAAUUGGCAUGGUUCAACGACAAAGUGUGGAUUUCGCCGUAUCCGGAUUCACCGUCAAUUAUUUGAGAUCGAUCGUGAUUGACUUCAGCCAUCCCUUCUACGACGAGUCACUCACCAUCCUCAUCCCGGCUCCCAGACAGGAGAACGAUGUCUUGGCCUUCCUGAAGCCUUACUCCUGGCAGGUAUGGUCGGCGACGGCUGGCAGCGUGUUGGUGGUGGGUCCGCUGAUGUGGGUACUCGCCACGGCGGGUACCCUACCCGCUGUGUACCCGCACAACACCCGCAAGGCCCGCUACUCGGUCUUGACAUACGUGUGGGCCUGCGCCAUCAGCCUUGUGUCCCAGAGCUGUCGCAUGCGGCAGACGGAGCCAAUGCGGGUGUUGUACGGGGCGUGGUGGACCUUGGCGCUGGUGCUUAUCUACACCUACAACAGCACCCUCACCUCCUUCCUGCUGGUGCCGCGUACGACAGCCCUUAUCUCCUCCCUCGAGCAACUGGCCGACCAACGUAAGGUCCUCUGGACGCUCCGAGCCGGUACACCGUUCACAGACCUUGUCAUGAGCGCCCAUCCCCCCAGCACUUACUAUAAGAUCGGUCGUCUGGUGAAGGAGCGACCAGACCUCCUGGUGCAGGGAGACCUUCCGGGCGCCAGCGCUGUGCUUCAGGGUGGCAGGGUCUUCAUUAAGGAAAAAUCUUGGCUAGACUUCGCUAUAGAGGCGGACUUCCUGGCGACCAAUAAGUGCCGACUUGCCCAAGUAAAUCAGUUAUUCUACACCACUGGCUUUGCUUGGCCCUUUCCUAAAGACUCGCCCUUCCUCCAACUCUUCAAUCAUGAAAUCCUCAAGCUAUCGCAGUCUGGGCUCUUGAGCGCCUGGAAGAAGCAGUUCUGGCCGAGACCCAACCGGUGCACGUCUGGGAAGAUCGCAGCGACCUCGGGGCCCAAGGAACUACAGCUCAAGAACUUCACUGGCCACUUCCUCGUCCUCGGGGUUGGCGUCGGCCUAGCGUCGCUGGUGCUCCUGGUGGAGCGGUCGACGGCGUACACCAGGCGCCAGUUGUCGGUCGACGCCGGCGACGCGGUGGUGGAGCUGAGGGCUGUAGAGGGCUGAGAAGCUGAGGAAUUAAGACGUCCCAGAAACGCCAUCUUCCUCAGAAGGACCUCCAGGACCACCUACCCACAGAACGCCCCCUACAGGAUCUUGAGACAACUCGUUGCACAAUUGGCUUCGUUCUCGACUCAAUCCCGGGCUGGAUUCCCGGGCGAGACAGAAAUGGUUCACCUAAUCAGGCUUCCUGUCCCUGAUAACGGAAUUAAAACGACACUCACACAGAGCCUCCCACACAAAGGUCUUCAAGGGCUCAUCGUAGAGAACACGAUGUAGAAAACACAGUGUAGAAACCUUCCCGAUUCCAGUGUGACUGCUGGUUAUUGGUUUCUAGCGUAGGCGCCACACUUGUGCCUGCAGCUUUAGCUUGAUUAGAACCCUUAAGUGCUCUCUGUUAAGGUCAAGUCUUGGGUGCAAAUAAAGCUUGUAUGUUAA